AUGGUACUACAACUGCAUGUAUGGGGCCCAGCCUUUUCCCUGCCGUCAAUUGACGCGCAAUGUCUCGCCGCCAUCGCAUACUGUUCCGAAGUCCUGCCCAAGGAUUCGUGGGAGCUGAUAGCGAGCAGCGAUCCCUCCGUGUCCCCAACCGGUGAGCUCCCCGCUCUGCAGAAUGGAUCAACCUGGGUGAGCCGGUUCCGCAAUAUCGUGGACUAUCUCCGCCAAUACUCCGAAGGAGCAUGGAACCUGGAUGAGAACCUAGGCGAAGUCGAGCUCGCCGACAGCGUUGCCUUCUCCUCCUUCAUCGAAUCCCGCGGCGAACCCCUCCUCGACCUAUCCCUAUACGUAACAAGCCAAAACUACUACAACAACACAAGCCCAGCCUACGGCGCCCUCCUCCAAUGGCCCAACCAAUGGAUCCUCCCACCCAAACUCCACGGCGCAGCCAAAACCCGCACAGAAUACCUCGGCCUCUCCAGCCUAGACCUAGCAGCAAUGGAAGAACAACGCAAACGCGACCACUCCGCCGCAGUAGCCGCGGGCAAAAUCCCCAAAAACCUCAUCCAAUCCCCUCGCGAAACAGUCUCCAAACUCCUCGGCCGAACAGCCCAACACAACCAAUUCCGCCUGGAAGCCCUGACAGCCGAGUUCUUCGAACCCCUCGAAGCAAUGCUCGCCCGCAAGUCUUACCUGCUGCCCAACCACUCCGGAAACCCAUCCAGUCUGGACUGCGUCGCAUUGGGAUAUCUUGCGCUCGCGCUUGUCCCUGAGCUUAAUUUCCCUUGGUUGCGUGAUGCGAUGCGCGCCAAGGCGCCGCUGGUUACGGCCUACACGGAGCGAAUGCGCAGUCGCUGCUUUGGAGAUGUCGAUAUUAAGAUUGAGCAUGCUUUCCAGCCGGUGGGCGGGGCUGAGGCUGAGUUUUCGAAGUUGCCGUGGAGGGCUCCCGGACGGGUUUCUGUUGCUGCGGUUGGAACUACGUUGCUUGGUACAUUGGCUGAUAAUACGCCCUUCCUUCGCGAGAUUCGUCAGAAUAGACGGUUGAAGGCGGUUGUUCAGGCUAAUGGGGAUUUCUCGCCUGUGCAGAAAAGUUUGUUGGCUCAGUACGCUGAUUCUAGUAAUAAGGAUAUGCUUGUUUCAGUUGCUGCUGCCGUUGCUGGAACUGCUGCGCUUGUUGGGUAUAUGGUUAGCGUGGGCUUGCUUUCUUUCUCUGGGGGUCAUGCUGAAGAGGAGCAGGAUGAUGACGUUGAGAUACAGCCUGAAGUGAUGCACGUUGAUCCUGGGUCUGCGGCUGACUUUCUGGGCGCGUUGUAA